AUGGGGUUUAACGAGAUGAAAGUCUUACUAGUGUUAGUGACUCUUGUCACUCUAUGUUCAGGUGCCUAUUGGAAUAGAACAGGCGUAGAGGGUGACCUCCCUUACAAUCCACAAGAUGGUUACCAGUGUUCUUACACAGUAUGUUCAAGAUUUAUCACUGGAUCAAGACGAUUUCACAUCAUCUGCGAAAAGGGUUCCGAUUCUUACGAUUGCAUCUACGAAGGUAAUCCUCAAUUGUGCCAGGGAUUUAAAAAUGGCGGACAACAGAGUUAUUGGAAUACUUUAACUGGUAUGGUGGGAAGAGGCGAAGCGCAUGCGUGUACUUUACGGAAGUUGAAUGAUGACGAGAUCUGCCCACCAAAAAGAAUAUUUACGAUGUAUAGGUUACAUUUUAGAUAUCUGGGAGGUAAUGGAAGAGUCAUCCCGCAGAGAAGACCUGCUCGACCCUUCUGUUCUGAUGUAUAA